UCAUGCAUUCAGUUUGGUGUUGGAAUCUGAAAAAGUGCAUUACUCAUCCGAGUUUUGUUUUUUUUUUGGGUGCGGAAUAAAGUGGACUAAUUUCUGUAAUUUUUUAAGCAUUUAAAAUGUUGAUUCUAAGUCUUUUCGUUGGUGUCGUUUUGUUGGCAAGUCCAACCUUGGCCAAGAAGCCUCACCCGCAUCCGAUUCCCCCGCAGGGCAACUGCAACCAGAUCGAACAAUUUGCCGGCCAGUUUGAGAAGUUCUUCAAACAGGUUCCGCUGUACGUGUAUCCGGCGUUCACGAUCUGCUCGAACGAUACCAUCACGCAGCACUACACGGAAGCGAUGACUAUUUGGGAGAACGCCACGACGGACCACAUCUGCCAGGUGAUGAACUUUGAGCGCCGCAGCAAGUCCAACCCGGCCGUGAUGAUGCACGACCAGCUGGUGUCGUUCUGGACCACGGCCAACUGCCAGGACUGCCUGGACCGGCGCAACCAGACGGUGGAGUUUUUCACGGAGUUUGCCGGGUUGGACGGGUGUAUCAAGCAGGCGUCGGAUCAGGCGCUGUCUCCGUGCGGACCGUGUGCGGACACUUACCAGAAGGUCCAGGGCAUGUACGAGGCGUUGGCGAAGGGGCACAAGGACACGCUGUGCUUCGAUGUUGAGGACCGGAUGAACCAGACGCGGCACCGGUGGAGCGCGGAGUUCAACUGCUGCAAGAACAAGCAGCACUCGAAGACGAGCUUCAUCGGGGCGGCGUCGGCGUUCUGCAGCGUGCCGUUGGUGUUUUACGCGAUCAUGUUCUUUGUGACGCGGAGGAAGGAGCGAGUUGAGGAGCUGGUGGCGGGGGUGACGAGGGAUGCGGAACCGCAGGCGGGAUCGAGUCGGGAGGGGAUGAACGGGAUGGUGGUGGGAGGAGGCGCGGAGGAAGAUGACAGCGAUGACGAACCGAUUGGGAGGAAGGAGAUUGAUGGGGAGGAGGAGUUUCAGGCGGAGCGGAAGCUGAACAAUCUGGACGUGAUCAGGGAGAACGAUGAGCCUAAGGAGGGCCAGCUGUUGGACAUUGUGAGCAAUAUGUCCGGGUCGACGGUGGAUGUGAACCUGGAUCAUAGCGGGAUGAAAGGAGUGAGCGAUGAUGAGGACGACGUGAGCAUUUUGGGCGCGAUGAAGGCCAACGUAGUCGCGGAGAGGAAUCUGCUGGACUGAUCUGGAAGCUGUGCCUAAGAGUAAUCAGAGAAUGCAAUUACAAAUUGCUUCAAAAAUAAACAUUAAUUGGAUCUUA